AUGGUUAAUGUUGAAAUGCCUGCUGCUAGUACACUAGCUAAAUUCCCGGUAGAUUUUGUGCGAAAUGUAAAAUGCCCAAUCCCUACAGAAAUUUCUUUAAUCGGUCCAAGUCGGAAUGUUUGGAAAGUGCAGUUAGUUCAGGUGGAGAAUGACUAUUUCUUUGGACAAGGAUGGUCAGAAUUUGUUGUUGACAACCACAUGAAGUAUGAAGAUUUCUGUGUUUUCGAAUACGUUGAGGAAAAUAAGUGUCAAGUUAUAAUCUUUGAUUGCUCAAAUGGAUGUGAAAGCCAAGCUGCAUUUCAUGCCGUUCCGAGUCAAGCAUCUAGUAGUACUCCUGCUGCAGCAACAAGCAAGGGGAAGGAGAAGGCAGUGGAGGAUGAAGGUCUAGCUUGA